AUCGGGGGGGGUGGGACGAGCGUCUCCCCGUGGCCAAUGAAGGCCGAGCCGCGUGCGUAAAGCGUCCCCCCCCCUCUCCCUGCGCGUCACGGUGCUCCGCCCCGCCCCUCCCCGCGUCUGCCAUUUUGGUUUUGUUCCCGUCCGCAGCGACGAGAUCACACAGGGACUCCCGACCGAACGACAUAGUGACUCGACAAUAUAGCGGACGUCCCGGUUUAUUAUCCCCCCCCCCACACACACGUCGCGUUUCUCGGAAAACAAUAGGACAGAAGCAAAUAAAACCAGCCCGGCCGCCAUCGUCGUCGUCGUUUGUCGUUAACGUCUGCACACGGGAGGAGAGGAGCGGAUUUGCAUUGAGAAGCGACAGAGAAGGAUUAUUGAUGUCCAGCUCGCCGCUGUCCAAGAAGCGUCGCUUGUCAGGAUCAGAGACGAAGACGGGAUCCCACUGCUCCACCUCUAACUCUGUCAGAACUGAACUGUCCCACACACCUGCCAACGGCAUGGCAAAGAAUGGCAAUGAUGCUGAGAUCGAUGAAGGGCUGUACUCCAGACAACUUUAUGUGCUGGGCCAUGAUGCAAUGAAGCGCAUGCAGAACUCCAAUGUCCUUAUCUCCGGUAUGAGAGGGCUGGGAGUGGAGAUUGCCAAGAAUGUCAUCUUGGGAGGAGUCAAAAGUGUCACUGUGCAUGACCAGGGUGUUGCAGAAUGGAGAGACCUCUCCUCACAGUUUUACUUGCGGGAAGAGGACUUGGGGAAGAACAGGGCAGAGGUGAGUCAGCCCCGCUUGGCUGAGCUCAACAGCUACGUCCCUGUGGCAUCCUACUCUGGAUCACUCACAGACGACUACCUGACUCAGUUCCAGGUGGUGGUGCUGACUAACUCCACACUAGAGGAGCAGCAGUACGUGGGAGAGUUCUGCCACAGCAAAAGCAUCAAGCUGGUUAUUGCAGACACACGUGGCCUGUUUGGUCAGCUGUUCUGUGACUUUGGUGAGGAGAUGGUCGUAUAUGACACCAAUGGAGAACAGCCCCUGAGUGCCAUGAUCUCCAUGAUCACCAAGGACAGCGCAGGUGUAGUGACGUGUCUUGAUGAGGCUCGCCACGGUUUUGAGAGUGGGGACUACGUGACUUUCACAGAGGUCCAGGGUAUGACAGAACUCAACGGCUGCCAGCCAAUUGAAAUCAAGGCUCUGGGUCCCUACACAUUCAGCAUCUGUGACACAACUGGCUUUUCUGACUAUGUGAGAGGCGGAAUCGUUUCCCAGGUCAAGAUGCCCAAGAAGAUUGCUUUUAAAUCCCUCCCUUCCUCAAUGACUGACCCAGAGUUCAUGAUGACAGAUUUUGCUAAAUUUGAGCGACCAGGACAACUGCACUUGGGCUUCCAGGCUAUCCAUGCCUUCCAGAAGAAACACGGUCACCUUCCAAAGCCUUGGAACCAGGCUGAUGGUGAGGAACUGGUUACGUUGGCUAAGGAAGUGAACUCUGCCCAGACGGGAUCAGCUAAAGUGGAGCAGCUAGAUGAAGCUCUGAUCAAGAAGUUGGCGUCUGUCUCUGCUGGUGACCUGGCCCCAAUUAAUGCCUUCAUUGGUGGACUGGCUGCACAGGAAGUGAUGAAGGCAUGCACUGGAAAGUUUAUGCCCAUUAUGCAGUGGCUCUACUUUGAUGCCUUGGAGUGCCUGGCGGAAGAGGAAGGAGACGUGCUCACAGAGGAAGAGUGUGCCCCUAGGAACUGUCGUUAUGAUGGGCAGAUUGCAGUGUUUGGCACCAAGCUGCAGGAAGCGCUUGCCAAAAAGCGUUAUUUCCUGGUUGGGGCUGGGGCCAUUGGCUGUGAACUGCUGAAAAACUUUGCUAUGAUGGGUCUGGCCGGUGGUGAGGGUGAGGUCAUUGUGACUGACAUGGACACCAUAGAGAAGUCCAACCUCAACAGACAAUUCCUCUUCAGGCCCUGGGAUGUGACAAAAAUGAAGAGUGAGACGGCUGCAGCAGCAGUGAAGCAGAUGAACCCAGCAAUCAAAAUCACAGGUCAUCAGAACAGGGUGGGUCCUGACACAGAGAAGGUCUAUGAUGAUGACUUCUUCGAGAGCCUCGAUGGAGUGGCCAAUGCACUCGACAAUGUUGAUGCACGUAUGUAUAUGGACCGGCGGUGUGUAUACUACCGUAAGCCCCUGUUGGAGUCUGGUACUCUAGGCACCAAGGGCAACGUGCAGGUGGUGAUCCCCUUCCUCACAGAGUCCUACAGCUCUAGCCAAGACCCCCCAGAGAAGUCCAUCCCAAUCUGCACCCUGAAAAACUUCCCCAAUGCCAUUGAACACACACUGCAGUGGGCCCGUGAUGAGUUUGAGGGACUCUUCAAACAGCCAUCAGAGAAUGCUAUGCAGUACCUCACAGAUCCCAAAUUUAUGGAGCGUACUCUGAAACUGCCUGGAGCUCAGCCCCUGGAGGUGCUGGAGGCCGUCUACAAGACGCUGGUCACAGACUGCCCUCACAGCUGGGCCGACUGUGUAACCUGGGCUCGCAACCACUGGCAGUGCCAGUAUAGCAACAACAUUCGCCAGCUCCUGCACAACUUCCCCCCAGAUCAGCUCACAAGCUCUGGCGCCCCCUUCUGGUCCGGCCCAAAGAGGUGUCCUCAUCCAUUAGAGUUCAACACUAGCAAUGAGCUGCACAUGGACUAUAUAUUGGCAGCAGCCAACCUAUUUGCUCAGACAUAUGGACUGCCUGGCAGCACCGACCGUGCAGCUUUGGCCAAGAUCCUGCAGGAAGUCAAUGUACCAGCCUUCACUCCCCGCUCCGGGGUUAAAAUCCACGUCUCCGAUCAGGAGCUGCAGAGCGCCAAUGCCUCAGUUGAUGACUCCAGACUAGAGGAGCUGAAGUCCUUGCUGCCCGUCCCAGAGACGUCUGCAUCCCUGUCAAAACUUAACCCUGUGGACUUUGAGAAGGAUGAUGAUACCAACUUCCACAUGGACUUUAUCGUGGCAGCAUCCAACCUGAGAGCAGAGAACUAUGACAUUCCCCCUGCAGACAGACACAAGAGCAAGCUAAUCGCCGGCAAGAUCAUCCCUGCCAUCGCCACCACCACAGCCUCGGUGGUGGGCCUUGUGUGUCUGGAGCUCAUCAAGAUCGUCCAGGGACACAAGAAACUGGAAUCGUACAAGAAUGGUUUCAUGAACUUGGCCCUACCUUUCUUUGCCUUCUCUGAGCCCAUCGCUGCUCCCAGCCAUAAGUAUUAUGACAUUGACUGGACAUUGUGGGAUCGCUUUGAGGUCAAGGGCAUGCAGCCCAAUGGGGAGGAGAUGACGCUCCGACAGUUCCUGGACUACUUCAAGAAUGAACACAAGUUGGAGAUCACAAUGCUUUCUCAGGGAGUGUCUAUGCUCUACUCCUUCUUCAUGCCUGCUGCCAAACUGAAAGAGAGACUGGAGCUGCCGAUGACUGAGAUUGUGACCAAGGUCUCCAAAAAGAAGCUGGGGAAGCACGUGAAAGCCCUGGUGUUCGAGCUGUGCUGCAAUGACCUGUCAGACGAAGAUGUGGAAGUGCCCUACGUCCGAUACACCAUCCGCUGAGCCUCACACUGAAUUCACCCACCUGGGGAGAGGGGGGGGAGUGAGAGAGAGUGAGGUUGAGGAGGUGUGACAUGGCGGUCAGCUAUUUUGGGAUCAAUCAGUUUUUUCUGAGGCCUGUGGUUCUUUUAGCCCUGUGCCUGAUUGUAAAUAGCCCCACAAAGCUGACAUAGGGCACCUUUGUGUAUAUUAGGGGGCAGUUGGUGCUGGGCCGUGGGGACGGGUGUUGUAAAGAGGAAGGGAGCAAAUAUACUGGACCUCUUGACUUUUUGAUUUUCUUCCCUCUCUACCUAAAAACUGUUUAAUUCGAAGCCUUAGUGUCUGCCUUCUCCCGGUGCCUCAUUGCCCAGCCACCGUCUCUCUCCGACCUUCUUGCCCUCUUCUCAGUCGCCUCCUUCCCCCUCGGCUCUCUAGAUAGACGGGGGUGUUUUUAAUUAAUCCUAGCGCCUGUCGACCUCUCCUCAACCUGCUCUCUUCCCUCCUCGAGAUCCCGUCUUCUACACCUCACCCCAACAUUGUGUUUUCUUUUGCAGACACAAGUCAUGAAAGUGAAGAAUUCAGCCAUUUAAAAACAAUCAGAAUCCCAAUUCUCUAACCCAGUGUCCAAGCCCAAAUGGCUGUCUUUGGGUCAACCCGAGACACCCAAUUUUGAGCGCUGUAAAGAAAGGCAGACAAAUUUUAAAGCUGAAUCCGCUGCCCUCCCCGGACUGUAAAUGGAUGCUGGCAGACCCGGACGUGUUCUGGUCUGCGGCGGCGCCAAAACGUGUGUCCACACUGGCUUUGGACACGCACUUGCACAUGACUUGAGUUUUCACUUAUACUCCUUUUUAUUUUUCAUGUGUUUUUUUGUUUUGUUUUUUUUUUUGUUUAUUUUCUAUUUUAUUUGAGGGGGCAGAAUUGUGGUGCACACAACACCUUGUAGAUCAUAAAACCGUCUUUCUACUUUGUUAACUCCAAAUGACAUUACAGUGUAAGAGCAAGGCAACGAGUUGUAUCCUGAAAUGGGAGCACUUAGUGUGAUAGUGAAUAAAUGUGUAAAAGAUG